AUGUCUGCUGUCAGAGGGGCGACAGCCGUGGCGAGCUGGGUGCCUGCGCACGACGUGCAGCACCUGAUGCUGCAGAACGCGGUGGACAUGUCGGCUGCCAUCGCCACCUUCUGCGUGCUGGGAUAUACCAUUGCUUUCGGGAAGGACGUGCACCAUGUAAUAGGCUGGGAUCCCGCAGUGGUGCUGGAGACGCAAGAAGUGGCUACGGCGCUGCGCGGCCUGGGGGCGGUGUUGAUGGUGAGCGCCAUCUUCACAGCGGGGUCGGCAGGCCGACUGCCGCUGGCGGGGGCGGCUCUGGGGGCGAUGUUGCUGGCGGGCGUGCUGACACCGAUGCUGCUCCACUGGGUCUGGGCCCCACAGGGCUGGCUCGCCACCCACACCUUCCACUUCGUGGACCAGGGCGGCAGCUGCGUGGUGCACGCGGUGGGCGCCGUGGCCGCCUUCGCGAUCCUGCUGGUGCUGGGGCGGCGGGUGAUGAAGCUGAAGGAGCUGGAUCCCAGGUCCGUGAUCGCGGGAGACCCCGCCGCCGCCGCCGCCGGGCUCGUGCUGAUCGCCAUAGGGGCCGCCGCCCUCUGCUGUCACGCGCGCCCGCACCGAUACGAGGACGUCAGCACCCGGAAGUCGCAGGCGGCGGUCAACUGCUUGGCUGCGUACGCCGGAGGAGUGCUCGCCUGCUGCCUCGUCUCCAGACUCUUCUCAGGCCACAACCGCAGCAGGGACGUGCUGAUGCUGCACGCGGGCCAGGGCGGCGUGGCCGGAGUGGUGUCCAUGGCGGCCGCCCCUCACGACUACUCACCACCCCUGGCGGUGGCUGCCGGUGCCUCGGCGGGUGCGCUGCUCGGGUUCGUCUGUCGCCCCUGGGACCGCACUGCCAUCGAGGACACGACGUGCAGCCUGCCGGCGCACCUGGUGGGCGGCGUGCUUGGCCCGGUGUUGGUGCCGCUGCUGGUGCCAGACGCUGCCGUCCGCCGCCAGCUGCAUGGCGCCCUGCCAGUGCUGCGCGGGAUGGGCGCCCAGAUCGGUGGAGUGCUCGUCCUCACCGCCGCCGCCUUCUUCGGGGCGCUCGUCAUCUGCGUCCUCAUAAAGGUGCUGGGGCUGCUGAGGACCUCGUGGGAGGAGGCGGACCACAGACGAGCGAAAACACUGUUGAUGCGGCUAGAGGAGAUAAGCCGGCGGUCGAUUUCUCCGUUCUGCUCGCGGCUGCUGCCGAUGGAGGAGGGCACCGAGCUGAGGCCUGGUCUCCCACCGCCCAGGGACCGAGGCGAACCUGUCCAAGAGCCGAACACCGCAGCUCAGUAG